GCAACAGACGUUCUCUUGACAAGAUGGCGUCGUUGGAGAAAGAGUAUUUUUGGGGUUGUGAAUUGAGCAAAGAUAAGAAGGAAUAUAAGUGGGAUUCGGAAGAUGAAGAACUUAGCAAAACAGACAUCGAGCAGAAGCUUGUCGUAACCCAGGCAUGUCUUGGUGCAAAAGCCAAACCUAACGAAAGAAAUCUUGUACAAGUCACCACAACAGACAGUAGUGAUAACUCAGUGACAUUCACCAUUCUAUCAUUGGCUUCUGGAAGAAAAGACCAGAGUAAGCUUAGUCUGGCAUUUCCAGCAUCAGUUGUUUUUAAGCUUAUAGAAGGCUCAGGACCAAUUCACUUGACUGGUUCUGUAUAUCAAGAACUAUUUAUGGGGGAUGACGAUGAAGAAGAGAGCGGUGAAGAUGAGGAUGAGGAAUCUGAAGUAGUUUUAUCAGAGGCUAAGGAGUCUGUGAAGAAGAGACCACUAACAACACCUAAGGGACCACCAACAAAGAUUGCUCGAGUUGAAGCUGGUUUGUGCUGCACAUCAUCUAAAUGUCAGGACUAAAGAGAAAUACUUUGAAACAGAUUAUUUUGUGCCAAGCAACACCCAGGAAGUAUGAAAAUUCUUUUGCAGAAAAACAAACCAGAAGGUAAAGAUGCCAAACCAGUGAAGAGCACAAGUGAGGAGGAUGAAGAGGAGAGUGAAGAGGACAGUGACGAUGAUGAUGAUGAUGAUGAUGAUUAUGACGAAGAAGAUGAAUCUGGUGAGGAUGACGAUGAAGAUGAUGACGAUGAAAGUGAUGAAGAAGAUGAGAUUGCUGUCAGCUUAGCAGCAAAGAAAAAGAUGGAAGGGAAAGCAAAUAAAAAGCCACCAAUGACAAAUGGAGUUGCUAAAGGAGACAAAAAGGAUAAAACAGAAAAGCAAAACAAGAUUCCAGCUCAACAGCCCAGUACACCAAAAACUGAUGGGAAAAAAGAUCAGGGGAAGAAGGCUGGAGCUAAAACUCCUGAAGUGCUAUCUAUGGACAAAAUUAAAGAGAAGUUACUCAAGACACCAAAUCUUCCAAAGAAAGUGGAAAAGUUCAAGAACUAUUUGAAGCACUCAUACAAAAUCACAGAUGAGGCUGAGUCAACGAAACUCUGGGACUGGUUGAAGGAGAACAAGUAGAAUCAAGACCUCUUCUCUUGUAUCCAUCACUCUGCCUAGAGAGUAAAUUAAAAUCGAUUUUUACAGACGUUUGGUUCUUGUGUUUUGUGAGACGACGAGCAGUUUCCCAAAUUAAUUCUGUGCGAGAGUCAAAGUGAUCUAACUGCAUGGACUCUUGGAGCGACGUACGCACGAAGGCGUUGAUUUUAGUCUAUAUUUCACGCACUCUUGCAGCGCCGACUUCAUUAUUUUAUCAGUUUUCUUUUAAAUCGCACAAUGGAUUAACUUGGGAGAGGAAACUUUACAUCCUCUUGCACUUUGUUUAUUGAUUUUGAAUCAUAAUUUCUUAUUAGAGACAGUGUACAUGUACCUAGUGGAAAAGAAAUAUAUUUUCUGAAAUCUGAUUACCAUUAUGUCCGUUUCAUAGUGAUCUCUCCUGACACCACUUGAGCACAAAUAAACAGUAUUGACAUUGGAUGCA